GAAAAAGAGAAAAAGAAAACAACAAGUAAAAGACUAACCUAGAGAUGAAGGAACGAAAGAAACAAACGAAAAGAAAAACUACAAAAAGCAGAGCAAACAAUGUGCGGACUGAGGGCCUGCUGCUAAGAAAAAACGCCGACCGAAGAAGAGUCGGAGAAAGCAGAGCACCGUAGCUAUAAGCCUGGAAGUUCAAUUUAAGUUCAAUUGAAGUUCAAAAAUACGGUAUAAUCUGCCCUUCCUCGCCUUCAACCGCCGCUCACCGUCGACCGCUGCUUCUUCUCUGCCAAAUACUUCUCCUUCUUCACUAACCUCCGAUACCCAUUGUUUACCGCUGCUAUCCAUCCAUAUCUAGAAACUGAAAGUUUAUAGUUCUUUUAAGAACCGAUAAAUGAUAAGAACCGAACCGUUAACAAUAAGUUCGGUUCCAUAACGGUUCCACAUUUUUUUGAUUGGAACCGAACCGAUAACAUGAAUUGUGAUUUUCUUAACGGUUCUUCCGAUUUUUAAGAGGAACCAAACCGGUCCCAGGCCUAACCGCAACGCACGAAAAAGACGAAGGCGGAAGGUCGGCCGUUGACUAGUCGCCGAGAGCCGAGUCGCUCAGACACCGACGAAGCAACAGCUGCGACGCCUUCUGCCCGGCCUUGCUGCCUCCUGGAGGAUUCCAAUGCUACCAUUUCCCUGGAGGCUACCAAAUUGAACCUUCACCUUUUGUAUACUUUUAGGCCAUAUUGAAACUGGACUUUGAAGCCCUCUCUCUUAAUAUAGCCCAGGACUGAGUGGUCGUCGGGAUAUUUCAAAUCCGGCGGGUUAUUGUGCGUCGCCUAUUAACCUAUUUCACGUCAUGGCUUUGUCGACUUGGGCAAUUGGAAGCUCUGUUAAUUCACUUCCUUCUUCUUCUUCUUCCCAGAUUACUCCAUUUCCAAUUUGUAAACCCACAGUCAAGAGAAAUUCUCGAUCUUCACCCUCGCGUCAUAUUUGCUGCAUUCUUCGUCAAGUGCUAAAUCGAAUUGAGGCGGUAAAAAACACACAAAAAGUCACAGAGGCCAUGAAAUUGGUGGCCGCCGCAAAGGUUCGGAGAGCUCAAGAGGCUGCCGUCAGUUCUAGACCCUUUGCCGAGGCCCUUGUUGAGGUUCUGUACAACAUGAACGAGCAGCUCCGGGGGGAAGACGUCGAAGUCCCUUUAACAGCCGUUCGUCCUGUGAAAAAAAUUGCGCUUAUUGUCGUCACCGGUGAUAGAGGCCUAUGUGGAGGUUUCAACAAUGCCAUCCUGAAGAAAGCCGAGAUUCGUAUAAAGGAAGUGACGGAUCUUGGCUUGGAUUGCACCAUAAUUAGUGUUGGGAAAAAGGGGAAUUCUUAUUUUUUUAAGCGGAGGGAGAAUAAGACAGUGGAUAGUUAUGUGGAAGGAGGGAAAUUUCCAACCAUAAAGGAUGCACAAGUAAUAGCAGACAAUGUUUUCUCUUUAUUUGUGAGUGAAGAGGUUGAUAAGGUGGAGCUGUUAUAUACAAAGUUUGUGUCUUUGAUAAACUCUGAGCCAGUAAUUCACACUUUGCUUCCAUUAUCCAAAAAGGGAGAGAUUCGAGACGUGAAUGGGAAGAGCAUUGAUGUGGAGGGGGAUGAAUUCUUUAGGUUGAGCACAAAGGAGGGGAAACUAACAGUGGAGAUGGAUCAUCAUAGGAAUAGCGAAAACAGAAGAGGAUUUUCGCCUUAUAUGCAGUUUGAGCAAGACCCUGCACAGAUUCUUGAUGCAUUGAUGCCUCUUUACUUGAACAGUCAAAUUUUGAAGGCACUUCAAGAGUCAUUUGCAAGCGAGCUUUCAUCAAGGAUGAAUGCAAUGAGUAACGCCACAGAUAAUGCUAUCGAGCUGAAUAGGAACCUCUCCAUUGCUUAUAACCGGCAAAGGCAGGCUAAGAUCACUGGUGAUAUAUUGGAGAUUGUUGCUGGAGCAGAUGCUUCCCUUACAUAGGGGCAUUGUUUAGCUUUAAAUCUUCAUAGUUUUUGCAUGAGUAAUAUUUUGAGUUGAUCAGCAGGAAAUUUAUAUGCCAAUGUAUUCUAGCUGUAGUAGAAUAUUCUGAAGUGUAACAUGUAGGGCUUUCCUAUAACAUCACUUAAAUAAAAUCAAUGGUCACUGCAGAUUACAAAUGCCUGAUAGGGACCUGGGCACUACAAAUAAUAAGAAUCCAU